AUGGACUGGCUGCCCAGUUUGCCUUCCCAUGUAGUGCUACUGCUUCUGGUCCUGUUGGGUGCUGCCCUGCUGGUGGCUACCCUGCUCUUCUGCCAACAUUGUCCAGCAAGAAGCAAGAUCCCCAGGGCACAGAGGCGAAGGGAAGUAGCUCUGCAGAAGAUGGCGGCCCUGGCACAGCGUCUCCGGCAGCAGGAGCCAAGUCUAGAUCCUGGACCCAUCCUGGAGCUGCCCCUGCUGACACUGGCCCAGAAGCUUCAGAAUGAAGAGCUGAGCCUAGAGAGCGUCCUCUGUAGCUACUUGGAGAAGGCACUGCAGGUGCACGAGGAAGUGAACUGCCUGACGGAUUUCCUGGAGGAAUGUGAGAACCAACUACAGGAGCUGAAGAAACUCAAGAAAUUUGAGAGAGGCCCACACUAUGGGGUUCCCAUGAGCCUCAAGGACACCUUUGACUGCAUGGGCCAUGAUUCUACGUGUGGUCUCAUCCAGUUCCUGGAGAAGCCUGCGGCCAAGGACGGGGUCAUUGUGAAAGUGCUGAAAGCCCAGGGAGCUAUUCCUUUUGUUAAAACCAACAUCCCCCAGACAUUGUUCAGCUUUGAUUGCAGCAACCCCAUCUAUGGCCAGACUCUGAACCCCUUGAACUUAAAGAAGAUACCUGGAGGCUCCUCAGGGGGGGAAGGAGCUCUUCUGGCAGAAAGAGGUUCCAUCCUAGGUAUGGGUACUGACACAGGUGGCAGCAUCCGCAUACCAGCUAGCUUCUGUGGUGUCUAUGGACUUCGGACCACAGGAUACCGCCUCAGCUACACUGGAGUUGCCUCUGCUGUCAAGGGCAAGAAAUCAGUGACCACAGUGGCUGGGCCGAUGGCCCGGGAUGUGGAGAGCCUGGCACUGUGCCUGAGAGUGCUACUGAGUGAGGACAUGCACCAGCUGGACCCCACUGUGCCCCACAUGCCCUUCAGGGAGGAGGUGUACUCCAGUACCUGGCCCCUACGAAUUGGCUACUAUGAGACAGAUGGUUUCACUCAGCCAUCCCCCAGCAUGGCCAGGGCUGUGCAGCUCACCUCCAAGCUGCUCCAGGAUGCAGGACAUGAGGUCAUCCCCUUCUCCAUUCCCCGUAUAGAGUAUGCCAUACAGCACCUAGUAAAUGGGGGUUUGUAUGCUGAUGGAGGGGCCACUCUUCUGCAGAAGUUGAAGGGAGACAUUGUGGAUCCCUGCAUAAAAGGGAUGGUCAGUAUACUCUGCCUGCCAGACCUAUUGAAGUACUUCUUGUCCCAGAUCCUGAAGUACACAGAGUAUCAGCAAGAGUUCAUAGCCAAGUGGAGAUCCCUAGACAUAGACGUGCUGUUGGCGCCAGCUCUGGACCCUACCUUCUAUAUAGGCUAUCCUGACAAAGCAACAGUGAGCUCCUCCUACCUGGGCCUGUAUAACCUCCUGAACUUCCCCGCGGGUGUGGUGCCUGUCACCACUGUGACGUCCCAGGAUGAAGAGGCACUGGAACAUUACAAGGGAUAUUACGGAGAUAAUUUUGACAAAAAUUUCCGGAAGGCGGUGGCAGGAUCCGUGGGACUUCCGGUGGCUGUGCAGUGUAUAGCAUUACCAUGGGAAGAAGAGCUAUGUCUCCGGUUCAUGAAGGAGGUGGAGACCUUGGCCAAGAACCAUCAGGGAUCCAAGUGA